AUGGCCUCUCAGGAAAUGCAGCAUCUCAAGACUACUCAUAUCAAUGUCAACGGGCCAAAGAAUGUAUAUGAACAGCCAUAUGCUGGUCAACGUACAGAGAGCACCAGAGACCAGUCAACAAGAGUUCGCAGAAUAUUUAGUUUCGCUCAGAUCUUCUUCUUUUCGCUCAGUUACAUGUCGUCAUGGGAGGCUGUUGCUUCGAAUAUCGCAUUCUUCUUCUGGAAUGGUGGCCCACGCGCGCUUUCUUUCGGCUACUUUGUUAUCAUCACUGGCGUACUGUGCCAGGUAGCUUCAAUGGCUGAAAUGGCAGCAGUACAGCCCAUCGCAGGAGCUCAGUACCACUGGACACACUAUCUUGCACCUCCUAAACAUCGACGACUCAUCACAUGGAUGCAAGGCUGGAUCACCUGGUUUUCAUGGAUUUCACUGCUUGCCGGCGUCGCCAACAUCGCCGCUUUGAUGAUUCAAGCGCUUGUGAUUGCUAGCUAUCCCAGCUACGUGCCACACGGAUGGCAUGUGACGUUGAUCAUAUACGCCCUCCUCAUCGUGCAAGGUCUCAUGAACCAGUACGUAUUUUGGGCCGUGCCUUGGAUCGAGUUACUGUCAGGUCUGCUCCAUGUAGCAAUGUGGAUUGUCUUCGUUGCAGUCUUGAGCUCUCUUGCACCACGCCAUUCAGCACAUUUUGUCUUCCUGGAGAAGUCGGCAUUUUCGGGCUGGACAAACGAGUACAUUUCAUUCAAUCUAGGCAUGCUCACUGCAACCUGGGGUUUUGUGGGGUUUGACGGCGCUGUCCACAUGUCGGAAGAAGUUCGUAAGGCCCGUCAUGCCGUCCCAAGAGCCAUGUUCUGGAGCAUUGUCAUGAACGGUGCCCUGGCGUAUGGAAUGAUCCUCGUCAUCCUAUUCUGUGCAGGUGAUGUUGACGAACUACUCUCCUCGGGAUAUCCACUGCUCCUCAUUUGUAUCAACGCAACACAAUCUGCCUCGACGGGCUCAGCAAUGGUCGGGUUGUCCAUGAUAGUCACACUGGCCUGCAGUCUGGGCAGCAUUACUUCCGCAUCUCGACUGACCUGGGCGUGGUCUCGAGAUGGAGCACUACCCGCCUACUUUGCAAACAUCGAUCCAAAAAGCCGAGUGCCUGUCCGCAGCGUUUGGUUGCCCGUGUUCAUCGUCAUGCUACUGGCGCUCCUCAACAUCGGGAGCAGCAUCGCCUUCAACGUCAUCGUUGCUCUUUCGACUCUCGGCCUGUACCAAUCUUACCUCAUGGCGAUCGCAUGUAUGCUAUGGGCUCGAUUCAGUGGGAGGCUUGAACCAUCGGGCUGGUCUCUGGGAAGGUACGGAGUUUACAUCAACAUAUUUGCAGUUAUCUACUCUGCAUACAUCAUGGUCUUUCUCUGUUUCCCAUCCUUCCUCCCGGUCACUGCAUCAGGAAUGAAUUAUGCCUUGCCAAUCAACGCUUUUGUUCAAUUGAUCGCGCUUGGACUGUGGGUUUUCUGGGCAAAGAAGCACUGGAGAGGCCUCAAUAAGGACGUGGUCGAUGUUGUUGUGGCCGAUGCGGAUCGCAACACCAAGGAUUAG